AUGAAUAGUCUACAAAAUAGUGUACGAAAUCAUUUUCAUUUACCCUAUGUAGUACACUAGAUUAGGUAAUGGUCACAUGUAGGAAAUAUAGCACUAACGCAGUUGAUUGGCCAAGAUGUGUUUACCAAUAGGAUAAGUUUCGAUUUAGUUUACUCAUAAAUGAAAUGUCCCUUUUUACCACUAGAGGAAAGGCUGAGUUGGCAGUAGAGCGUCCAAACGACCUUAUACGCCAUGAAGUCUGCAGUAACUAAACUUCUCUGCAUGAAUAAUGGAUCAAUGCAUUUGGAUGAAUUAUCGGCCAACUAUUCGUUUGGCAAAAUAUCUCAGUUGCGGGAUGUCCUUAUUGAUAAAGAUAGGUUUCAUUCCGCAGUUGUUGACGGAGAGGAAAAAGUUAUAGCAAAAACCAGACUUCGGCUAUGUAUGGCCAGAAAUUGUCACGGAUGUAUGAACUUACACCUCUGCAAACAAUUUUUGCUUGGAGUUUGCCAAAGAGUGAAGUGUCGUUUCGGCCAUGACCUCUCCUUAGGACAAAAUGCAACAGUGCUGAGAGAAAAUGGCUUGGAGGUUCUGGACAGAGAAGAGCUUUGCACUUUGUUGCUCCAGAAUGACUCAAUCUUACCCCCUGUGUGUCACUCCUACAACAACGGUGUGGGAGAGUAUGGGAAGUGCCCUGAUGGUGAGAACUGCAGGAGGAUGCACAUCUGUGAGAACUAUCUCCGCGGCGCAUGCAGCUGUCCACGGGCGCACGAUUUCUUCGAGCCCCACCCUCUGAAGACCCUGCAGGACAGAGGAGUCCCCAACCACAUCAUUGGACGCAUCAAGUCCAUCUACACCAGCAUCGAGGCUCUGAGACACCAGGAUCGGGCAGAACACGGCAAUCGCCAUCGACCAUCAGCCGGGGCCGCACGAGCAGACAACAGGGGACCGAACAGAGGGACGCAGAGGGGGAAAGAGAUAUGUUUGUUCUAUGUCAAGGGCAGCUGCAUACAUGGCGACAGGUGCUUUAAGGUCCACUCCACCCUGCCGUACCAGUGGGAGGAGAAGGAGGGGAGGCAGUGGACAGCCCUACCCAACAACGAGGAGAUUGAGAAGGACUACUGUGACCCAUCAAAGAUACACAGUCAGGGACUGGAGCCGGUGUGUUUUGAUGACAUGACCUGCGACCUGAAUGCAGCCAGACGUCUGUCAACCAUCUCGUCCGUCCUCCAGCCCAACUUUAUCCUCACUACUGAGUGGCUGUGGUACUGGCAGGAUGAGUCUGGAAACUGGAUCCAGUAUGCUGCAGCAAGUGCAGCCCUCAGGACGGCCAGCAUCACCAGUGAGGAUCUGGAACAGAGGUUCCAAAGUGACGACAAGUCAGACACGGACUUCACCGCAGGGUCUCAGAGCUACACUCUCAGUUUCAAAGACAUGAUGCAGACAAACAAGAGAUAUGGUACCAGAAGACCUGUGAGAAGACGGCCCAAAUUUGUGUCUUCGUCUGAUGCACAAACAAUCAAAACCAGCAAAAGAAUGCACAACAAUCAAUCCAAUUUUAAAGCCUUACCAGGACACUGGGACAAGGCUCAAACUCCUGACACAGGAUUCAAGAAAGUUCUCCUCCAAACAUCAGAAUUGGAGUAUAAGGAGGUCGAGCAGCUUUUCACCAGUACUGUCAGAGACCUACGCAUUCACAAGAUCGAGAGGAUUCAGAACCGAGCGCUUUGGGAGGUCUUUCAGUGGCAAAGAGAUCUGAUGAAGAAGAGCAAUGUUGGAAAUAGUCCAACAGAGAAGAAGCUCUUCCACGGCACAGACUCCAAGUACAUCGAUGCUAUCUGUCACAGCAACUUUGAUUGGAGGAUCUGUGGAACGCAUGGGACUGCGUAUGGAAAAGGGAGCUACUUUGCCAGGGAUGCCAAAUACUCUCACAGCUACACAGGCCAGUCAUCUGUCAAGUCCAUGUUUGUGUGUCGUGUGUUGGUGGGAGACUACACCAGAGGAGACUCCAGCUACCUCCGCCCUCCCUCCAAAGAUGGAGGAGACACCGUCUUCUACGACAGCUGUGUAGACAACGCAACAAACCCCUCCAUCUUUGUGGUGUUUGAGAAACACCAGGUCUACCCAGAAUACCUCAUCACGUAUGGCGAUCAACCCCGUGUCCAAGACUUGCCACAACAGGCAUACAACCGUCCAGCACAAGCACGCACCAGAGCCUCUGUGUCUCCUCUACAGUAUAGUCAGCACACAGAUGCCCACAUGGCCAGAUUGCUCCACCAGCAAUACAGUCGUCCAGCUCAAGCUCAAGCCCCUGUCUCAAACCCUCCCAAUACAAACUACCCAUAUCGAAGGCAGGAUGAAAAAUCCAACAGCUCAUGUGUCAUGUGUUAAUAUUGGGUAAUAAA